CUCGGUCUGAUCUUAUUCAACUAGUGUCUGAUUCCAACCUCCACCACCGUCUACAAUCGAUUGUAGUCGAGUCUUUCAAAUCCUACACGAAAGCGGCGGCACUGUCAUUAUUUAUCGUUAUUACGCGAUCAUGACAUGAGCCUGUCCCUCACGGCAGAAAACAGAAAACCUGGACUCCGUACUGCCGUCGUAACCUUCCCGCAAACUCCUUAGCGCCUCAAAGUUGUCAAGCUGCGCCUCUUCGAGCGGGACCUCCGUCACUGACUGGCUCCUUGCGAAUACGACGCCGCGUUUGUUUAAAAACACUCAGUGAUAAGGUCGACGAGUACAUACCCACCGGCGUCCCUCAUCGCCAGAGAAGAGAACGUUUCCUCGCAUCAUCAGCACCGACGCAGUAUCUGUACCCCGCCGCAAGAGGUGCCGCAGGCUGCAUCUUCGAGCCGCCUUCGGGUGGUCAACAACCCAGGAUGCCUGAAGCGAACAUGCCUGCAGAGCCCAAUCUGCGAGUUACGAUCAUCGCUGCUGACGGCUUAUACAAAAGAGAUGUCUUCAGAUUUCCUGACCCGUUCGCUGUUGCGACAAUCUCGGGCGAACAGACGAAGACUACGUCAGUCAUCAGAAAAACACUUAAUCCAUACUGGAAUGAGUCCUUUGACAUGCGAGUCACUGAGGACAGUAUUUUAGCCAUUCAGAUCUUCGACCAAAAGAAGUUUAAGAAGAAGGAUCAAGGAUUCCUCGGUGUCAUCAACAUUCGCCUUGGCGAUGUCAUGGACCUGGACAUGGGCGGAGAUGAGAUGCUGACCCGCGACCUUAAGAAGUCCACCGAUAAUCUCGUCGUUCACGGGAAGCUGAUCGUCAAUCUAUCCACUAAUCUCAGUGCUCCGCCACCCAAUCCUCAAAAUCGACCUCCUCCAAGUACCGCAACCAGCACCAACGGCCCCCCAAAUCCUUUUUCGAGCUCGACGAAUGUCAAUCAGACCCUUCCUGUCCGGAAUAGAAGCCCGGCUCCGUCACGGACUGCCACCACCGGAUCAGGUGAGGCAAGGGCCUCCACGACUGCCCUGAAUGGCGCAGGUCUUCAACCGCCGCCAGCUGGGCCCUCAAGGCCAGGCGGCUUCAGCUCAUUUGAGGACAGUCAAGGACGUCUUCCCGCAGGAUGGGAACGCAGGGAGGACAAUCUAGGCAGAACAUACUACGUUGACCACAAUACCAGAACUACUACCUGGACCAGGCCAUCCAAUCACUUGAGCGAAAGCGAAGCACGCACACGCGUGGAAGCAAACAUGCAGAUUGAGCGACAACGCCACCAAAAUCGUAUGCUGCCGGAAGACCGUACUGGGGCCAACUCUCCAAGUCUUCAGGAGUCCCGUCAAGGCUCCCCUCAGCAAGGAAAUGCGGUAGCGAUGAUGGCCACUGGUGCGACCACCGCAGGAACCGGUGAACUUCCUGCUGGUUGGGAAAUGAGACAUACUCCGGAAGGUAGAGCUUACUUCGUCGACCACAAUACCAGAACCACGACUUGGGUCGAUCCAAGAAGACAGCAGUACAUCCGCAUGUAUGGCAACAACCCGACUGGAAACAAUACCACUAUCCAACAGCAGCCGGUCUCACAACUCGGCCCGCUACCUAGUGGCUGGGAAAUGCGAUUGACCAAUACGGCUCGUGUUUACUUCGUUGAUCACAAUACAAAGACCACGACCUGGGACGAUCCGAGACUGCCAUCUUCCCUCGACCAAGGUGUACCACAGUACAAGCGCGAUUUCCGUCGAAAACUGAUCUACUUCCGCUCACAACCUGCUUUGCGUAUCCUAUCGGGCCAGUGUCACAUCAAAGUCCGACGUGGUGCCAUCUUCGAAGAUUCGUAUGCUGAGAUUAUGAGACAAAGCGCUACGGAUCUCAAGAAGCGGUUAAUGAUCAAGUUUGAUGGCGAAGACGGUCUUGACUAUGGGGGGCUUUCUCGUGAAUUUUUCUUCUUGCUCUCGCACGAAAUGUUCAACCCCUUCUAUUGCUUGUUCGAAUACUCAGCUCACGACAACUACACCCUGCAAAUCAACCCUCACUCUGGUAUCAACCCAGAACAUCUCAACUACUUCAAAUUUAUUGGCCGUGUGGUCGGACUCGCCAUUUUCCACCGCCGUUUCUUGGAUUCGUUCUUUAUUGGAGCGUUUUACAAGAUGAUGUUGCGGAAGAAAGUCAACAUCGCCGACAUGGAGGGUGUCGACGAAGAGUAUCACAAGAAUUUGACGUGGACUUUGGAGAACGACAUCACUGACAUCCUUGACCAAACUUUCUCUCUUGAAGACGAACAGUUUGGCGAGACCAAAACGAUUGAUUUGAAACCCGGUGGACGCGAUAUUCCGGUUACAAACGAAAACAAGAGAGAAUACGUUGAGCUUGUCACCGAGUGGAAGAUUGUCAAACGAGUCGAAGAACAGUUCAAUGCUUUCAUAACAGGUUUCAACGAGCUGAUUCCAGCCGAUCUCGUAAAUGUGUUUGACGAACGCGAGCUCGAGCUGCUUAUCGGGGGUAUCGCUGAUAUUGACGUUGAAGACUGGAAAAAACACACCGAUUACCGUGGUUACCAAGAGCAAGACGAAGUUAUCCAAAACUUCUGGAAGGUCGUCCGGACGUGGGAUGCGGAGCAGAAGAGUCGUCUGUUGCAAUUCGCAACCGGUACGAGCAGAAUUCCGGUCAACGGCUUCAAGGAUCUGCAGGGUAGUGAUGGGCCGAGAAGAUUCACUAUCGAAAAGGCCGGCGAGAUCAACGCUCUUCCCAAGAGUCAUACCUGCUUCAAUCGCCUUGAUCUUCCUCCAUAUAAGACGUACGAGGCUCUUAACUCGAAGAUGUCGACGGCUGUCGAGGAGACGCUGGGUUUCGGCCAAGAAUAGAUGGGUCAGGAUAGUAUUGUCCAGCCCAUUUGUGCUGGUCUUGGUGCAAUCGGCAUACGAUGGUGGCUGUGUUGUGCAAAGAAUCGCCGAAAUCGCGAUGCGUCUCGUGUCGCUACGACAGUUCAGGACUGCGGGAGAGGCGGGUGGUUGAUCACAGACACUAGCAUCUUGGACGAGCAGAGUCAAUAGUCCUGCAGCUCGCGACUGGUGAGGUGAAAGUUUGAGAAGGACAGGGAGCCCUGUCGAGAUGGUAAAGGCACAGGUGAAACAAGGUAGUACAUUGGAGAGCGU